AUGGGCUGGCUACCUUCCAUCUUUGGCGGCGACGCUUCGAAUCCCCUCGGCAAGCUCGAUCCCAAGCUUCGCGAGUUUUUGGAAAAAGAAUCGCCCGUCAAAUACAUUCCCAACCAGCGAGCGGCGUCAACACAACGACAAGAUGCAGGCGCCGCGGCAGAACGAAAACCAGAGCCGGCCGCGGUUCCGUCUGCGAGUCUCUAUCAGGACGGGCGAUAUGCGCAUCUAUGGAAGAACUACAGACCACUAGCAGAGGUCGAGGAAGAGACAUCAACCGAUCACGAUAAGCUCAUGUCAGUGUUGGAGGGGUACAAGGAGCGCAAGGCGGCAAUCGCUAGGGCUGGACUCGAGAACUGCGCGCCGCAGCAGGAGGAGUGGAUUAACUGCAUGAAGAGCGGCAGCUGGGAGGAUCAGCUGCAAAUGUGCCGACAUCAAGUACGGCGGUUUGAGAGAUGCUACACCAUGCAAUCUAGAUUUCUAAGAGCGCUGGGAUACGGUUCAGUGGCCGGGCGACCAGGCGAAGUCGAUGAAGAUAUCCAACUACACGCCGAUGCGCUGUUCCAAAGAAUGCUCCAGCACGAGGCGGAAGUCGAAAAGGCCAAGGAAAACGGCACCCUUAUCCCAACUUUUGACCCCUCACUACCAAAGACGACUGCUACCAGCGCGGCCAGCAUCAAGCCAUCAGAUGAGCUUCAGAAGCAGUGGAAGGAGAAGCUGGACCAGCUACCAGAAGACGAGAGAGUCGCUGAAGAAGCCGCUCUAAGAGCCGACCUGCAAGCCAAGGCCGACGUUGCGGCAAACGUGAAGAAGAUUUGGGACGCCAAGAGGGAAGAGAGAGAGGUGCGGCGCGCAGAAGGCCAGGCGACAUUCUCAGACACGAUUGCUGCCUUGUUCAGCAGAGGGAAAUGA